AUGAAUGCCCUGAAGGUAAUUCCAUUAUUCAGUUCUCUAAAUAAGAAUUUUGCUCUGUUAUACAAGCUGGAUAAAAGUCAAAGUAUUGAUGUAUUGAGUACAAUCCUAUUCAAGGGAAGAUCAUGCCUCAAGCAAUACAAUUCAAUGAAGCCCAUCAAAAUGGGUUAUAAAUUAUGGUGCAGGGCUGACAAUUUAGGUUACAUUGGGCAAUUUAUUGUGUACCAAGGGAAAGGGAGUGAUGGGGUACUGGAAACUGUUUACCCUGAAAGUUACGGUCAGGGGGAUAAGGUUAUUCAUGAUCUAACAAGACCUCUUGUGGGCAAAGGUUACAAUGUCUACUUCGACAAUUAUUUUGCAUCUGUGCCAUUACUGGAAAAUAUAAAGGAUGAUGGUAUUCUUGCAUGUGGGACCAUUAGAUCAAACCACAAAUACCUCCCAAUUCGUACAGACAACUUAAAAAAUAGGGGGAAUUUGAUUACAGAAAGAGUCGAGAUGGCAUAA